AUGGAUUGGUCUGAACAACAAUCCGCUCUAAUUGCCGCCGGCAACCAGAAGAUAGAAAUGCAUCAUCAAGCGAUGAUGCCUGUCUCUUAUACACAUCUAGAUGUGUAUAAGAGACAGCCAGAACGCGACUCAGGCCUACCGGAUUAUAUACGGGAAUCGCAACGAUUUUCAUCUUUAACUAUCCAGGAUACGAUUUCAUCUUUUGACCCCUUAGCUGAUCCAAACAGAGACUCUGGGGUAUACCCACAUUCCCAAAUCUGUCGAGAUUCUGCUUGCUCUGAAAGUAGUUAUUACCCAACAAAAUCAGAUGAUACAAUUCUACCACUUACCAGUAAUAUUGCUACUCCAGAGGUGAGAAGUGAGAGUUCGCCACAAUUCCAAACUGAAUCCGUUGUUCAUAGAAAACGUGAAUUUGGGCAACAAUUACAAGGUAAACAGCCUUCGCUUGACUCGUUGGACGAGUCUUCAAGGCUCUCUGGUGUUAGUUCUGCAUCAUCAUCUGGUGAGAGGUUCUCGCUGUUAAGUACGUCAUCCGGUGAAGAAUCAGCAAAGAACAAUGAUGAGUCGACUACUCCGACAAAGAAAGGAGUAAAAGUACCUAAAUUUCAGAAAAUCAGAAAGCAAAGCUUAAAAAAUUUUACAAAAGAGGUAUUUGGCUCCUUGUCUAAAAAGAAGUCAAAACAGGGUAUUGGGAAAAAAACACUUAGCGCAGAAAAAAUGAAUGAAGAAGUUGGAGAAAGAGUAGCUGAAUAUAUAGAAAAAAUUGUACUAAGGAGGUCACAUGAAACAGGCACAUUCCUGUGUAUGACUAUAGACGCAUUCAUCAACAGUAAGGUGGGAAAAAAACAUGAGAAGCCAGAAGCGAUGAUGCAUAGUAUUCGUCAAUUAAUAGGAGGACUGAAGCGUAAUCUGAUCGCAAUGAAAGCAGAUCCGGUAAUUCAAAAAGCCAUCCAACAAAAUACUGACAAGUUAAACCAAGAAGUUGAAUCUAUUGUUGAGGCUGCCCUCUACCAACGCAUCCUUGUACCUUUGAAGGAAACGAUUUAUUCCAAUUAUCACCAUGAGUACAAAAGAAAUGGCUCCAUUUUGUUGCUAGAAGAAAAAAUGGCAGCUGCCAGAUCACGAACAAUAGAGCAAUUAGGAAUCAAGACAAAUUUUGUUCCACCCAAUGAGGAGCAAAUGAAGACAAUCAAAGAAUGCUUUAGUUGUCUGCAGGAGGCUUACUCCCCUUAUGACAAGAUGGACCUGAUUCUCAAAGCUGUCACUUACAUUUAUGACUUUGUUGGUGACAAGGAACAUGGACGAGCUGUUCAAUCAAUGGGUGCUGAUGAUUUUCUUCCAAUGUUGAUUUAUAUCCUUGUGCAAUGCGAUAUGACAACAAUCGAGAUUGAGACGGAUUACAUCUGGAGUCUUUUGGAAGCUUCAGCGUUCACAGGGGAACCUGCGUACUACCUAACAACCUUAACAAGUGCAAUUCAUGUUUUGAAGAAUGUUGAAUAUUUUGAUGACGAUGAACAAGAAGAGGACAAGGAGGAAAAUAAAGAGGAAGACAACGCAAACGAUGAGGUAGCAGAGGAAGAAUCGAUGGAGUUUGUACACCGUCGUUCAUCCAGUGUUAGCGGUACCAAGGGUUUUCUAGAAGUGGUUGUCACGGUAACUACUGGUGUCUUCCAGGACAAAAUGCUGCCAGUGUGGCCAGGAAUGUCUACGAAACAAAUUUGCCGUAAUUUAGCUUUGAAGAAUCGCAUUGAUGAAAAGGACCGGGAAAAUUUUGGAUUGUUUAAGCUUGAAAGAAACACAGAUGGACAAGUUAUAAAAGAAACCCUUCUUCAAGACAAUGACAGUCCACAAAGAGUGAAAGAUGAAAUGGCGGUCAAAGGAGUUUUCUGUGACUUUGGAUUUAAACAUAAAUUUUACCGUAUUGAUUGGCCAGUGAAUGAAAAAUUUAUCGAUAAAACAAACUCUGAUGAAAGUGACGAAGAAGACACAGAGAUUGAGCUGUAGUCAAAUAUCAUUUGCAUUAAGUAGGAAGAAGACAUACAGCCAUAUUGUGAUGAAAUAUCAUUUGCACCGGGUAGGAAGAAGACUUGCAUCCCAAGCUGUGAUGAUGUAUCAUUUGCAUCAGGAAGGAAGACUCGCGACCCAAUCUGCGAUCAUAUAUUAUUGCAUCAGGUAGGAAGAAGCUGCGAUCAUAUGUUUUCAUUGGGUAGGAAGAAAACACAACCCAACAUGUGGUCAAAUAUGUUUUGCAUUGGGUAGGAAGAAGAUAUGAGGCAUGUUGUGGCAAAAUGGUUAAGUUGUCGCACAGUCCAGUAUUGAGUAAAUUAGCUAUAAAAUAUGGGAGCUCAAAAAAUUUCCUAAAAAUCCAAAUUUGUUUUUCACUAUAGA